CCCUCGUGUUACCUUCAAGUGUUAGUGUGUUGGACUAAGUUUAUGUUAAGUUACUACAUAUUUGUAAAUAGACAUCUAAGUACACUGUAAGUGCUAUUCUAAUAAAAAUCAUUCAUAUUGAAAAGUAUCAAUUAAGUAAAAUGGCCCAAUCUAUGUUGAGAAAGUUUGUUGUGGGCAAUAUGGUUGUGGUUGGACUUGUAAGAAGAACAAGUGCAAGGAGUCUGGCAACAGCUGCUUCAGCACAAAAAGACAAAAAUGACCAGAAAAAUCUGCCAUCUGAGGGAGAGAUCACAAAAUCAGUGUUUAUGUCCCAAUCAACUGAUAUCUACACAAAUCUGGCAUAUGAAGACUGGAUGUACCGCAACAUGGAUUUCGCAAAGCAUCAUGUUAUGAUGGUUUGGCGUAAUGAACCAUGUGUUGUUAUUGGAAGACAUCAAAAUCCAUGGCUUGAAGCAAAUGUUCCAUUUUUGGGAGAGAAGGAAAUAGCAUUGGCUCGACGUAACAGUGGUGGAGGUACUGUGUAUCAUGACCGUGGAAACCUGAACAUCACCUUCUUCACUCCUCGAGAGAGAUAUGAUCGAAAGUACAAUCUGGAAAUUAUCAAGAGAGCACUUUACAGAGGGUUUGGAAUUAAAUCAACAAUCAAUGAACGUGAAGACAUAAUUGUUAGAGAUAAAUAUAAAAUAUCAGGAACAGCUGCUAAGCUAGGGCGCCUGUCUGCCUACCAUCAUUGCACCCUUCUAGUCAAUGCCAACAAGGCAGAUCUCAGCAAAGCACUUGCUAAACGGGAGCAUGGCAUACAGACCAAGGCGACGGCGUCCACACCCUCGCCUGUUGCGAACUUGGCCGAUCUGGACAACAGGGUGACUGUAGAGAGUCUUCAAACCGCUAUUGGCUAUGAAUAUCUCCGGACUCCAGCACUUCACAUGGAGGAUGGUGGCCAACGGCUGAUCUCAAAACAAAGAGGCUUUCAAUUCAUUAACCCUACUGAAGAUUGGUAUCCAGGUACUUAA